CUUCGAGACGAGAAAGCUAUCCGCUAAGAAAUGAAAAGCAAUCUCCUCUUCUCCUCUCCUGCUCUGACCCUGAUACUCAUUUCGCUGGAAAUGUGUAAGAAAUCUGAAUGAAUUCUUAUUCCUUCCAGGAAACCAGAAAAAUCCCCAGACAGCGCGGAAGGUCACAUUUCAUCUGAGUUUCUUUUCACCGUUGACCCAUGACGCACAAGAUGGAUCUCUCAGCAGCUACUUGUCCAACGAUUCAAAGAGUAAGAGCGUCUACAAUCAGAGAAAGGAAGACAAAAUGGAUGUAACUCCCUCUUCACAAAUACCCUCUCUCAAACAAGAAGGAUCUUUCAGCAGCGCCUUGUUCAACGAUCCAAAGAGUGAGAUCAUCUGCAAUCUGGCCAAGGAAUCCGAGUAUAUCCAGGGCAUGGUUAAAGGAACACUUGACCCCAAUGUCUUUGGCAGCUACACGGUGCAGGAUGCUGCCUAUUGCUUCAAUGCAGUGGAUUCUUUCGACCGAGCUGCUGAGAAGAUGCAAGAAGUUGGCAAACCUGAAUUCUCUUUACUUUACAGGACCCAAUCAGAGAGUUACAGAAGCUACAACCAGUAUUUUGUUCAAACAUGGCGGCUCCAGAAUACAGACAGCGUGGCUAUGGGGCCGGCAGCAGCAACGUAUGUGGGAUUUGAGCGUGCCUUGAGCCAAAACGAUCCCAAGUACCUGUGUAUUGCCAUGUUACCAUGUACCAUGCUAUGGCCCUGGAUUGCCGACCAACUCAUCGCUUCAGUCGACAAGAACAACCCAUAUUACGUCUGGUUUAAAGACAACAAGCCAAGCCCGGGCCACAAAAGCCACCUGGAGAUGUUCGUAGAUCAUUUCUUUGUCCAAGUAGGGCCUGAGGAACGGCAGAAGUGCCUUUCCAUUUUCCAAGAAGGUUUGGUUAACGAGGUGAAUUUCUUCCGCAGUGCCUGCGAUCAAACCCUGUUUUACUACUCGUCCUUCCAGGAGUAACUUGUAAAAAGAUCUUAAUUUUGUCGUUGGAAUUAGUGAAUCUGUGCUGCUUCAGAUGAUACCUCUGAAAUUGAGCUAACUAGGAAAAUUUGUCUAACCACAGAAAUUACUCCUUUUUUAUCGUAUAGGAACAUGUAGUUUGAAAUUUGGACGGAGACGAAAGGGGGGGUUGGUACCUAUACUCUUACACUAGAACCAGCUGGCCCUUUUUCACAGACAAUAAUUCCUGAUUAUUUAGCAUGGGCUUAAACAUGACUUCAAGGCCUUGUAAACAUACCAAUCCUUUCUGUUACUUGAGUUUUAGUUUUUUUUAAAACUCCCCAGAUGGCUGUAGUAAGGGCCUGUCAACAUCAAGAUAACAU